CAACACCUUAUGUAAUUUGCUGCACAUUCCCACAUUAGAAAAGGACUCAAACAUUGAGCCUUAAGGAUUAAAAACACUCCAUAAAUCCAUUCAACCCUGCACUGUUGUAAAAUCAACAAGAUGCAACCAAUUACUUCUCCGAAAUCUUCCCUUCUGCCCCUCUUCUUCUUUCUCGUUGUCUCGAUCAGAGCUCCGAUGAUUUUAUCCGUCAAUGAUCCUCGAUACACGAACUGCAGGACUAUGUUAUCAUGCGGAAGUGUCGCAAACAUCGGUUACCCUUUCUGGGGAAUGAACCGUUCGAGUUACUGUGGUCGACCAGGAUUCGAGCUCAAGUGCGAGGAUGAUGUAGCCAAAAUCAUGAUGAAUGAAAACACCUUACGAGUUCUUAACAUAAACCCCGAACAACAGAUACUUAAGGUUGCUAGAGAGGACUACUGGAAUGGUUAUUGUCCCAGGGAACUAAUCGACACUGCAAUCGACUUCAAUCAGUUUGAUUAUAGCCCGAACCUUAGGAACCUCACCCUGUUCUACGGUUGCUACCUACCCGCAACCUCGACGUUUAUUUUUCUUACCAACUGCUCCAUAAAUGGUACCCUCAUGGAUGUGUCAUAUUCUACUAGAAACGUUCUGUCUGAUCCUCGCCCCAGGGUUUGCCGUAGAAGUGUCCUGAUUCCAGUUUAUGAAGCCGCCGCACAGGAUCUUGAAGUGAACCCGAUGACUAUGGGGCAGGCUUUAAGGGGAGGUUUUGAGUUGCAAUGGGAAGUGGAUAACGAUGAAUGCAGAAGAUGCAGAGAUUCAGAUGGUGUUUGUGGAUAUAAUCAAACUUCAAACAGUUUCAUUUGCUUUUGCAAAUAUCAACCUGGCGAAACCACAUGUUUACCAGCAACAGUUGCAGCAAAUUGGAUAUGUUGCAUGCCUGCAUCGGAUUGCAUCCUAAUCUCUCUAAGCAGCCAAUGA